AUGCCUCGUCAACGCCGUGGUGCCGCUACCCCCGCGCGCAGCGCGCCCACCCGCCCUACCGCCGCCCCUGCCCGGCCGGCUCCUCCGCAGUCCCGCCAGCAGUCGCAGCCUCACUCGACCGCUGCCCACCCGCCACAGCAGGCCCAGGCUCCUCCCGCUCAGCAGAGCCAAGGACCCGGUCUGUUCGGACAGAUGGCUUCCACCGCCGCUGGUGUCGCCGUCGGCUCCUCAAUCGGCCACGCCAUCGGCGGCUUCUUCGGCGGGGGCUCCAGCGCCCCUGCUGAGACGCAGCAGGCUCUUCCCGCGGAUACCCAGGCCAUGGAUAACGGUCUGUACCAGAGUGCCGCGACUAACCAGUCAUGGGAGAAUCCCGCCUGCGAGACGGACGUGCGCAACUUCCGUCGUUGCAUGGAUGAGAACCAGGGUAAUAUGGGGAUCUGUGGGUGGUAUCUGGAUCAGCUGAAAGCUUGCCAGGCUGCCGCUAAGCCGUACUAA